CGGCGCUGGAGGCCCCGGGCCUGUGACUACAAAGAGGGAGCCGGGGGCUGGACGGGAGCGCGGCGGCGGCGGCGGCGGCCGAGGCCCAGGCCGGGCCCCCUCCCCUCAGCCUCCCGCCCGUCCGCCCGCCCUCCGCGCUCGCCCGCCCCGCCCCCGCCGGCGGCGCCCCGCCCCUCCCCCAACCGCCCGCCUAGCAUGGUGCGGCGGCCGCGCGCGCCGACAUGGGCGAGAAGCUGGAGCUGAGGCUCAAGUCGCCCGUGGGCGCCGAGCCCGCCGUCUACCCGUGGCCGCUGCCGGUCUACGACAAACACCACGAUGCUGCUCAUGAAAUCAUCGAGACCAUCCGAUGGGUCUGUGAAGAAAUCCCAGAUCUCAAGCUCGCUAUGGAGAAUUACGUUUUAAUAGACUACGAUACCAAAAGCUUCGAAAGCAUGCAGAGGCUCUGUGACAAGUACAACCGGGCCAUCGACAGCAUCCAUCAGCUGUGGAAGGGAACCACGCAGCCCAUGAAGCUGAACACGCGGCCGUCCACGGGGCUCCUGCGGCACAUCCUGCAGCAGGUGUACAACCACUCGGUGACGGACCCCGAGAAGCUCAACAACUACGAGCCCUUCUCUCCGGAGGUGUAUGGGGAGACCUCCUUCGACCUGGUCGCACAGAUGAUCGAUGAGAUCAAGAUGACCGAGGACGACCUCUUUGUGGACCUGGGCAGUGGAGUGGGCCAGGUCGUGCUGCAGGUCGCCGCCGCCACCAACUGCAAACAUCACUAUGGCGUCGAGAAAGCCGACAUCCCAGCCAAGUACGCGGAGACCAUGGACCGAGAGUUCAGGAAGUGGAUGAAAUGGUAUGGAAAAAAGCAUGCAGAAUACACACUGGAAAGAGGCGAUUUCCUCUCGGAAGAGUGGAGAGAGCGGAUUGCCAACACAAGUGUUAUAUUUGUGAAUAACUUUGCCUUUGGUCCUGAGGUGGAUCACCAGCUGAAGGAGCGAUUUGCAAACAUGAAGGAAGGUGGCAGAAUCGUGUCCUCGAAGCCCUUUGCACCUCUAAACUUCAGAAUAAACAGUAGAAACUUGAGUGAUAUCGGCACCAUCAUGCGCGUCGUGGAGCUCUCACCGCUGAAAGGCUCGGUGUCGUGGACGGGGAAGCCGGUCUCCUACUACCUGCACACCAUCGACCGCACCAUACUUGAAAACUAUUUUUCUAGUCUGAAAAAUCCAAAACUCAGGGAGGAACAAGAGGCAGCUCGGCGCCGGCAGCAGCGGGACAGCAAAAGCAACACGACCACGCCCACCAAGGUGCCCGAGAGCAAGGUGGCCGUGCCCGCGGACACCCCCGUGGAUUCUGGUGCUGAGGAGGAGAAAGCAGGGGCGACCACCAUCAAAAAGCCGUCCCCGUCCAAAGCGCGGAAGAAGAAGCUGAGCAAGAAGGGCCGGAAGAUGGCCGGCCGGAAGCGCGGGCGUCCCAAGAAGACGAGCACUGCGAACCCCGAGCGCAAGCCCAAGAAGACCCAGACUGCACUGGACCUCCUGCACGCCCAGACCGUGUCGCAGGCGGCGUCGCCCUCUCCGCAGGAUGCGUACAAGUCACCUCACAGCCCGUUCUAUCAGCUACCUCCCAGCGUGCAGCGGCACCCCCCGGACCAGCUGCUGCUAGCCCCCACCCCGCCCGCACUGCAGAAGCUGCUAGAAUCCUUCAAGAUUCAGUACCUGCAGUUUUUGGCGUACACAAAGACCCCUCAGUACAAGGCCAACCUGCAGCAGCUGCUGGACCAGGAGAAGGAGAAGAAUGCUCGGUUGCUGGGCGCCGCACAGCAGCUGUUCGGCCACUGCCAGGCCCAGAAAGAGGAGAUCAAGAGGCUCUUCCAGCAGAAACUGGACGAGUUGGGCGUGAAGGCGCUGACCUACAACGACCUGAUUCAAGCGCAGAAGGAGAUCUCGGCUCACAACCAGCAGCUGAGGGAGCAGACGGAGCAGCUGGAGAAGGACAACAGGGAGCUGCGGAGCCAGAGCCUGCAGCUGCUGAAGGCUCGGUGUGAGGAGCUGAAGCUGGACUGGGCCACGCUGUCCCUGGAGAGCCUGUUGAAGGAGAAGCAGGCCCUGAAGAGCCAGAUUUCCGAGAAGCAGCGGCACUGCCUGGAGCUCCAGAUCAGCAUCGUGGAGCUCGAGAAGAGCCAGCGGCAGCAGGAGCUCCUGCAGCUCAAGUCCUGCGUGCCGCCCGACGAUGGCCUGGCCGUGCCCCUGCGUGGGAAAGGCGCCCUGGGCCGGGAGCUGGAGGCAGACCCCGGCCGACUGCACCUUGAGCUGGACUGCUCCAAGUUUUCCCUGCCCCACUUCAGCAGCAUGAGCCCGGAACUCUCCAUGAACGGCCACGCGGCCAGCUACGAGCUCUGCAGUGCGCUGAGCCGGCCCUCGUCCAAGCAGAACACCCCCCAGUACCUGGCCUCCCCCCUGGACCAGGAGGUCGUGCCCUGCACCCCCAGCCACGGCGGCCGGCCGCGGCUCGAGAAGCUGUCCGGCCUGGCCUUGCCCGACUACGCCAGGCUCUCCCCGGCCAAGCUGGUGCUGAGACGCCACCUGAGCCAGGACCCCGCGGCCGCCGGCAAGGCUGCCGCCAGCGAGCUGCACCUUCGUGCUGAGCACGCGAAGGAGAACGGCCUUCCCUACCAGAGCCCCGGCAUCGCCAACGGCAUCAAGCUGAGCCCUCAGGACCCUCGGCCCUCGUCCCCCGCGGCGUUGCAGAUGGCAGGAGAGAAGGGCGUGGAGAAGGGUCUGAAGGAGCGCACCUACGCCAGCAGCGGGGAGGCCAUCACCAGCCUGCCUGUCAGCAUCCCGCUCAGCACCGUGCAGCCAAGCAAGCUGCCCGUCAGCAUCCCUCUGGCCAGCGUGGUGCUGCCCAGCCGCGCCGAGAAAGUGAGAAGUACCCCCAGCCCUGUGCCACAGACCCGAGAGUCCGCGUGCACACUUGAGAAGCAGACGGGCACUAAUGCCCACGGUGCUGGAAGCAGUGCAGCCGGCAGCAGAAGCCUCUCUCUGGCUCCCGCGGGCUUCUCCUACGCUGGCUCGGUGGCCAUCAGCGGGGCCCUGGUGGGCAGCCCGGCCCCGCUCGCUCCUGGAGUCGAGCCCCCUGCCUUCGACGAGUCCUCCAGCUCCGGGAGCCUCUUCGCCACCAUGGGGUCCCGCAGCUCCACCCCGCAGCACCCCCCGCUGCUGGCGCAGCCCCGGAACCCCGGCUCGGCCUCGCCCGCCCACCAGCUCUGCACCAGUCCCCGGCUCGGUGGAGCCACCCAGGGCCUGCUCCCCGACGCCAGCAAAGGGGACCUUCCCUCCGAGGCCGGCUUCUCUGAUCCGGAGAGCGAAGCCAAGAGGAGGAUCAUCUUCACCAUCUCAGCCGGUGCCGGCAGCUCCAAGCAGUCGCCUUCCAGCAAGCACAGCCCGCUCCCCUCAGGCACCCGCGGGGACAGCGGCCAGGGCCACGGGCAGGACAGCCGCAAGCGGGGCCGGAGGAAGCGGGCGUCGGCCGGGACCCCCAGCCUCAGCUCGGGUGUGUCCCCCAAGCGCCGGGCCCUGCCGUCCGUGGCCGGCCUCUUCACGCAGUCGUCAGGGUCCCCCCUGAACCUCAACUCCAUGGUUAACAACAUCAACCAGCCCUUGGAAAUCACGGCCAUCUCGUCCCCUGAGAGCUCCCUGAAGAGCUCGCCUGUUCCUUACCAGGACAAUGACCAGCCGCCUGUGCUCAAGAAGGAGAAGCCCCUGAGCCAGACCAACGGGGCCCACUACUCCCCACUGACCUCGGACGAGGAGCAGGGCUCCGAGGAUGAGCCCAGCAGCGCCAGAAUUGAGAGAAAAAUUGCCACAAUCUCCUUAGAAAGCAAAUCUCCUCCAAAAACAUUGGAAAAUGGUUGUAGCCUGGCGGGAAGGAAGCUGACGCCCGCCAGCGAGCCGGUCAACAGCAGCAAGUGGAAGUCCACCUUCUCGCCCAUCUCCGACCUCGGCCUGGCCAAGUCCGCCGACAGCCCGCUGCAGGCCGGCUCUGCUCUGAGCCAGAACUCCCUGUUCGCGUUCCGGCCCGCCCUGGAGGAGCCCGGCUCGGCCGACGCCAAGCUGGCUGCCCACCCCAGGAAAAGCUUUCCCGGCACCCUGUCAGGGGCUGGCGGGCUGAGCCCGAGCAGCAACCCUCCCAAUGGCUUCGCCUUCAGCGGGGGCCUGGCCGCCGACCUCAGUUUACACAGCUUCAGUGAUGGUGCUUCUCUCUCCCACAAGGUCCCCGAGGCGGCCGGCCUGGGUGCCCCCCUGAGCUUUCCUGCCCCCAGGGGCAAGGAGGGCGGUGCCGGGGAGUCCGGCUCGUUUGUGAACAAGAGGCAGCUGGAUGGACUUGGCGGCCCGAAGGGCGAGGGGGGCAAGGGCAGGGAUGCGGGCGAGCCAGGCCUGCCCAUGUGCGGGCCCUCGGACAAGGCCUUGUUGGCGCACAGCAAGGCGGGGAAGGGCCGGGACCGAGAGCCCGACUCCAAGAACGGCCACAAUCUCUUCAUUUCUGCCGCCGCCGUGCCUCCGGGGGCCCUCCUCAGCGGUCCAGGCCUCGCCACGGCGGCAUCCUCGGCGGGCAGCGUGGCCCCCUCCGCCCAGACGCACCGCCCCUUCCUGGGCACCUUUGCCCCAGGCCCGCAGUUCGCCCUGGGCCCCAUGUCCCUGCAGGCCAACCUGGGCUCGUCCGUGCUGCAGUCCUUGUUCAGCUCCGUGCCGGCCGCCGCCGGCCUGGUGCACGUCUCGUCCGCCGCGACCAGACUGACCAACUCGCACGCCAUGGGCAGCUUUUCCUCCGGGGUGGCAGGCGGCGCAGUUGGAGGUGUCUUUAACCACGCGGUGCCUUCCGCCUCCGCUCAUCCGUUGGGAGCCGGUUUCGCAGGCAGCGGGGCCGCGUGUCGCAGUGCCACGCUGAGCUUAACCCCGCUGCAGGCGGUGGCCGCCACCCCCACCUCUUCCUUGCAGGCCCCGGCCUCUGUGGAGUCGCGGCCGCCCCCGCCGCCUCCUCCGCCCCUGGGCCGGCCCCCUCCGGGGCCGCCCGCCCUCCCCGCCCCCCGCCCCGCUAACGUCGCCUUGCCUCCUCCCCCCGCGCUGCUCCCGGCUAACUCUGAGCUUCUGCAGAACCUCGCGGCCCUCCCUGCUAACCAAGCUUUCUUACCCGCUUCCUCUGCCGCCUCCCUGCCGCCUGCUAACGCCUCUCUGUCCAUCAAGCUCGCCUCCCUCCCGCACAAGGUCUCCCGCCCCUCCUUCACGGUGCACCACCAGCCCCUGCCCGGGCUGGCCCUGGCCCAGGCCGCGCCCGUGCUCCCGCAGGCCAGCUCCACGGGGCCGUCCGCCGUGUGGGUUUCCCUUGGCAUGCCGCCUCCGUAUGCCGCGCGCCUUGCGGGGGUUAAGCCGCGAUAAAGACCUUGCUUAGCUAGCAGUUCGUAUUCUGUAAGGUAACUAGGAUUUCUACCUCAACCUCGAGACCUAUGCAAGGAUGGGGUGGCCGCGGUGCCGGGAGCACGGACAGAGGACAGAAGACGAAGUUCUACUGUGAAUCAGCGCUGCGCAGACCUGCGGGAGACGCUGGGCCUGGCUCCAGCUCGUACUGUUGAUAGUUUUAGAUAAAGUAUUUAUCGUUUUUUAAAAAGUAUAAACAAUUUUGACUUAUUUUAUUCCACCGAAGUCGUAAAGGCAACCUAUUGAGAAAUGUAAAUACUAUAUAUGAGAGGAUCUAUAUAAAGACAUCUUCCCGAAGGACUGGCCCGCUGCGGAGACGCCGACUGCCGGUCCCGGUGCUAGCCCGUCGCCAGGCCCGCCCUCCACGUUCUCUUGGUGCUGACUCGAGGUUGACCAACGCCAAGUCCAGUCCUUGACGCGCCCGCCUUUAUCCCUGCGCUCUUCCUAUACCAAAGGCCGCCGUCUCCAGGCCAUGCGCCAGCCCUCUGCAAAGGCCUGACCCCCGAGGGCGCCCCGCCCAUCACUGUGAACGGCUCCGACCAGACUGUUAGCCCUGCGGGCCGGGAGCGGCGCCUCUGGCAUAGGAAGGGCCUGGCGGGCGGACGGGCCUAGCGGCAGGUGAGGCCCUCCUGAUCCUCCUCAGCGCCUGCGGUGGCGGAGCCGCGAGGAGGGGACCCGUUGUGAGUGGUGCUCGCGAGGCGGGUCUGGAACCUGACUCGGACGGCAUGGUGCGCCGGCUGCUCUAACAAGUGCAUUACUCUUGUACGUCCUUGCUCGUCCCGGGCUCCCGCCGCGGUCCACCGGAGCGCAGUCAGCUCGUGGUGCGCCAGCCGGUGACAUGGGGCAGGUCAGUCAUGGGUGCCUGGUGUGUCUGUACAGAAGAGAGUCACGGUGACGAGUGACAGUAUUUUAUAGAGAUGUGAUGAAAAUUUAUAAAUUUCAUAGACUUGA